AGGAUCAUUAGUACCCAACUGGUAGGUCGGCAUCACUUAAUGUGCACCGACGAUAGGCUGUCUUAGCUGGUGAGCUUCAAUUAACGGGCUUUGGCUUUUUCAGAAUGUCCUUAUGGUCGAAUGGAUAGGUCAUAGGCCACUUCUCUUUUUAUAUGUGAUUAUGCUUCACAUCUUAUCACAAACGUGGAGGCGAAAUGGCAGGGCCCAGUAGACCUACACGAUGCCAGGAAUGAUGUAGCCUAUCCGGGAGGCUAAUUUGAGCAACACAUUUCAACAGGGACAACUUGAUGGGUAUGCUACUGGGGGAUAGAGGAUAGGCUACCCAUGCCUUCCGACAUUCAUCACCCUUCCGAUGCUGGAGCGCAAAGGCAAAGGCAGGAGCUGGCGCUGCGUCUGGACUUUGACAUCCCGUCAGCGGAGAAGCACUUCCUGGAGAAGAGGAAGGUGGUGGUGGUGGGUCGGGCUCUACAGAAGCUGCUGGAGCUCAGCUCUCCUCCAGACACAGAUAAGGCCCCCCUAGUGGGUGUGGUUUGCUCAGGGGGAGGGACCAGGGCGAUGACUGGCAUCUUUGGGAGUCUGAGGGGCCGUUUAUACGAGGACGAUUGCGAAGGAAGACGACAAAAUAUUAAAAAUGAAGACGAGACGCCACUUCUGCGUCUUCUCUUUUCAUCGUCACCGUAUAAACGUAGCCUGAGGGGUCUCCAGACUCUGGGGAUCCUGGAUGCUGUCAGCUACAUCACCGGCGUUUCAGGGUCCACAUGGGCCAUGUCCACUCUGUAUGAGAAUUCUGAUUGGUCAAAAGAGGACAUGGGUGUGGUCACUGAGCCAAUGAAGAUUGAGAUGAUCCAGAGGUACAAGGACAUACUGUCCACUGAGAAGAUCGGUUACUACAGAAAGGAGAUGGAGCAGAAGGAAAAGGAGGGACAUCCAGUGUCCUACAUUGACAUGUGGGGUCUGGCUAUCGAACACCUCAUCUAUGUGCAGAAAUGGGAGAGUACCCUCUCUGACCAGAAGAGGGCGGUAUCAGAGGGACAGAAUCCUCUGCCCAUCUACACAGCUGUGAACAUGAAGAGUAGCCAGAAAGGCAUCAACGCAGAGGCCGAAUGGUGUGAAUUCAGCCCUUUUGAAGUGGGUAUUCCAAAGUACGGUGCAUUUGUGCCUACUAAGCGCUUUGGCAGUGAGUACUUCCUGGGUCACCAGCUCAACAACCUUCCAGAGAAUCGUCUGCCUUUUCUGAUAGUUUUGUUAACCUGUCUGUUUGCUUCUCAGGUGCUGAAGAAAACCCAGAAGCACUGCACUGACCACAGGAUCCCGUUCCCUCACAUCGAUUUCAGCCGUGUGGAGAAUGAGCCCAUGAAGGAGGUGUAUGUGUUUGAGGACAAGAACAAUCCCAAAGCUCCCAUUGUGGUUCACUUCCCCAUGGUCAACCUCACCUUCAGAAAGUUCAAAGCCCCAGGAGUCAAGCGAGAAGGGGAAGAUGAAUUGAAACAGGGAGAGGUGGACCAAGGACUCGCCAUACCUCACCUCGCUUACCAAACUGGCCUACCACCUGAGGACUUCCAGAAGCUGAUGGAUCUUACUUGCUACAACGUCCUGAACAACCGCGACAUCCUGCGGUCAGCUCUACGCAGAGCGCUACACAGAGAGAGAACCUAUGUGGACGGGGACGCACGCAAGGACCACCCCUGCUCCUGAACAGAUCCUCCAAAUUGUGUAUUUUUGAUAGGAAAUAGAAAUUAUACAUACAGGCAUAGAUGAUGAAGUUUAUACAUAGAUGUUUAAUUUAUGUCAAACCGUAUGGCUACACUGGUUGAAACAUAUUCCAUUUGUACAUUUUCCUGUGACUGGUCACACACAACAACAACAACAAAAACAUCCAAAUUUGUUGACUGCAGUACAUCAGGUAAUCAUUUUCUUAGGGUCUAUUAGUCACUUCAUUGGAUUAAAAUAAUGCAAAUGUAUUAAGAUAAACACCAUGGAAAUAUUAAGCUUAAGUAAUUGUUGUUUAGUCAUUGAUUAAUAUAGCAACUAAUUUCAUUUGGACAAUUUGGAACCAGAAAUAUGUUAAUCCUGUGUGAUGAAAUUAAUAAAGUAUCUUUGUAAAGCCUC